UAUUAUAUCUAUGAGUAUCUGUCAACAUUGACAAGUAUGUGUGCGUCCUAAAAGUAAAUAGUCUUUUUAGCGGAAUUCUUAAAUAAUUUGAAUAGAUAUGGCAACUAGAAGCUUAACGGAAGUUUUUGUGUUAAUGAGAAAUAAUGCAAUUAGAAGUAGACACAUUUAUAAUGAUCAAGACACCUCGGAGCGUAUGCAACUAGUUUCGUUAAAUGAUACUGAAGAAGGAGCAGGUGGUGAUUAUUUAGAUAACUCAAUGCCCCCAGAAUGGAUAGAUCAACUAGAAGAAUCACAAUUUACUAUAUCCAAGUUAAAAACAAAAAUCCAAGAUAUAAAACUGCUUCAUUCCAGGCAUUUCAACAGACCAACAUUUGAUGAUAACACAGAGGAUGAAAAACUAAUUGAAAAUUGUAGUGCUGAAAUUCAGGGAAUGUUCAAUGUGGUUUAUAGAAAUGUUCAAUACAUUAAGGGUCAUUCGGGUGAUGGAAAUAUGAAACAAAGACAAUUAACAUUAAGUGUUGUCAGAGCUUUAGCUAAUAUCCUACAAGAUUUAUCAACACAAUUCAGAAGUACACAGAAUAAUUAUUUAAGACAGAUUCAGUCGAGAGAAGAGAGAUCGAAAAUAUUUUUUGAUAAUCCAGCUUUAGAAGAAGACAGUAUGAUGUUGGGUCAAGAAGAAGAUAUUGAUGAGUAUUUUUUGAAUUCCAGACAAAGUCAACAACUGUUACAACUUGAAGAAGAAAACACUAGAAUGAUACAACAAAGGGAACACAAAGUUAAUGCUAUUGUUAAAUCUAUUUUGGAUUUGAAUUCGAUUUUUAAAGAUUUAUCACAAAUGGUAGCUGAUCAAGGAACAAUUUUAGAUAGAAUAGAUUAUAACGUUGAACAAACCCAAACACAAGUUUAUGAGGGUUUUAAACAACUUCAAAAAGCUGAUGCUUAUCAAAGGAAAAAUCGAAAAAUGUGUACUAUCAUUAUUUUAGCAACUGCUGUUAUUGUUUUAGUGGUUCUAUUAAUUUUAGUUAAAACCUAGUCUGGUAUCAAUAUUUUAUUUGUUCUUAUAAAUAUUCAUUAUUAACUUUACUGAAUUUAUAUAGGAUCAAAACUGACUUUUUAAUUCUGUGAUUUAAUUAUUCCUUAAUCUAUUAAUUUGUUUUUGUCAUUAUUAUUUAUUAAUUUAAGUUUUAAAACUAUCAUUUACUUAUAUUUUAAAAAAGGUAUCAUGUAAGUUAUAAUGUACAUCAUAAAAAAAUUAAAUAAAUCAUUGUAAAUAAAAGGAAACUAAAAAUA